AUGAUAUUAGUUGCUAGCGGAUAUAAAGGAGUAGUAAGUGGCGCUGCUCUCGCGUUGAAGAUUCUUGCAAUAACUGGUGAUGUAGCGGAAUCAAAACGAAGCGUCACAGAAGCCGCUGAACUGGCAUAUCAUGGAAUUAAGUUUGACGUAAUUUGCGCACAGGGCAAUUUCAGUUAUACUGUUCAUACGCGGCGGUAUUGCGAAGCAACCAAGGACAACAUCACUUGCUUUGCAUUCCGAUAA